AUGACAACGAGUCAACAUCUCCAGCUGGAAUUCGCACAGCGCGACAUUUCCUUCCAAUACGCACAGCUCUGCUUGUCAUCCAAUUGCCCAUCUGGCAUCUAUGUCCAGCUCGAUGACGACGACACACAUCUGAUCUUUGUCCAGCACAGCCCAUUCAACGGCGGCGUCUUUCGAUUCGACAUCGUCUUCCCCCCAACCUACCCUUCCGCAACCCCACAAGUCUUCUUUCCUCCCACCCUCCUCCACCCUUUAGUCGACCCCGACACAGGCCGCCUCCUCCUAAGCUCCAGAUUCCGGGCCGCUUGGAAGCCACGUCAAGACUUUGUCUUUCAUAUUCUCCACUUCGUCAAAUCCGCUUUUCAGGAAGAAACACUCGAAUCACUGCGGGAAGGAGUCGUUGCAAACCCUGAAGUGUUAAGAAUGUUCAGAACGCAUAGGACACUGUUCAAUAAGCUGGCGCUGCAGUCAGUUGCACUGUCGACAGCUCCUUCGAGCUUGUACGAUGUUAGUGGGGGGAGUGGUUUUCCGAAUCCUAGUAUUGGGUUGAAUAGAGCAGUUCCUGUCAAGCCAACUGUGGUAGAUAAGGUGGGAAGUAGACCGAUUAAAGCCGAGGAAGCGAAUGGGAUACUGUUUCGGAAGCUGGAUGAUGAAGAGAUGGCAGUUCUGCGGAGGGACAUUUUUGGCGAUAAACAAACACACAGCGAGACAGCAGAAUAG